AUGUACGUGUUUCUUCUUGGUGCCUUUCUUUCGUUUGGAGUCGGCUAUAUUGCCCGUAACCUCGAUCUCGUCAAUAGAUUUUACGAAAGUUUUAGCAACAUAUCCUCAACGACUCAUAAGCAGUAUCUGCUAGCUGUGCUUUUGAUUCUAAGUCUUCUUUUCCUGGCGAUUCUCAUACCUCUUUAUCGCAUAGUCGAAUACGAAUCGAAAUCGGACUUCAGCAAGAGAACACUUGAAGAGACGAGGCAGUUUCUAAAUGGCUGGAAUGUUAGAAGCUUUACUAUUUGCGUAGCUGGUGUGAUUUCAAACGUAAAGCUUGAAGAUCUAGAUGCGGCGAUUUCAGCACUGAAAAGCAAACGUUACCCGUUGUUUGCUUCCAUGGAUGAUGUGUGGGGAGCUCCUCCUACUGUUCUUGGUGUGUUGACCGUGGAUGGCAUCGAGAAUCAAGCUGACUCUGAGAGCAUUCUUAAUUCGGAAGAUGUCAGCUCGGAGAUAAUAUUUUACAAACGGCCGAAUCCUAUUCGAUUACAGUAUCUUUCGCUUGAAUCCUUGGUGUUGGACAUAUCUAAAGACCCAACACCGAAAAUUGACUGUGAAUCAAUUACUGUGAAGAAUUUGAAAAAAGUUUUGACUACAAGAAUUAGUUCAACAGGAAAGCAAAGAGCGCGGAUGAAUGACAUGGAUUUAAUUUUGAAUCAGAUAAACUCGUCAUAUAUAAUAGAAAGAACAAUUCGUGGUCACUGCCAAGUCUUUCCAAGUCAUCGCAAUAAUCGCACAAAUUUAUUGGAAGUUAUAAAGCGGUCAGCCGUAAAACUAGGCAUAUUUCUUACGAAAUGCUUAUUUUAUCCUGUCCGUUGUAUUACUUCGUUACUUCGAUUCACACUCGCAUAUCCUCUUAUUGGUAUAAUCAUCGUCGUAAGAGUAUUUGCAGAAGUCGUUCUGUGGUUAUUGAAUUUACGUUUUGCUCAUUGGCUGGGAAACAGUAUUGCCUUGAAAGAUUUAUCAGCAACAGCUCAGCAAUUAGAUUUACGAUUGCAACAAGCGUGUUUCUGGCCAUGGCAGUAUACUUUAGUAAGGAGACGAGAUCUCGCGAACAUCGCGACUACGCGGGCUCAGUAUAUCAGCUUCUACAAUAGCAUGUGGCUAGUUGCAAACGAUAUAAUAAUCGGGGUUGCGAUAGGAUCUUACCUAAGAAAUAAUAGCGAAUAUAUGGCGAAAUUAAUAGUAAAUGACUAUUUGGGUUAUUAUACUAUAUUCAAAUUGGAAGAAAUGAUAAGAUGGUUAAUGGGUUGGCCGGCUGGUCUGAAAUUGAAUAGUGAGCUUGAUAAAUUUUUGGGCGAGCUAUUUCGAUGGCUUAUACAGUUAUGGACCGGAUGUGUUGUAAAUAUCGAACCAUAUACUCCAUUGAUAAUAGAAGUAAUCGGGUUAUCGGGAAUGUUGGGAGCAUCGAUGGUUGUGUCGAUGCUUUCUGACUUCCUGACAUUUAUGACAAUUCAUAUUUAUUGGUUUUACGUAGUAGCAGCGAGAAUAUAUAACUGGCAGCUUACAAUACUUUAUUCAUUAUUUAAUCUAUUUCAAGGCAAAAAGAGGAACACACUUCGAAACAGGAUCGACGCAUGCGAUUAUGAUCUUGAUCAACUGUUACUUGGAACAAUUCUCUUUACUCUCCUGACUUUUCUAUUCCCAACUGUACUUGUUUAUUAUGCUACUUUUGCUACGAGUAGGGUAGGGAUAAUUUUCUUGCAAGCGGUGAUGGAGGCACUCCUGGCUUUCCUCAAUCACUUCCCGUUAUUUGCCAUUAUGCUUCGCUUCAAGGAUCCAGAUCGCUUACCUGGAGGAUUACGGUUCGAAACGUGCGAUUCCUACUAUUUCACCACAUAUAAAACAUCAUUAGCAAGAGUAUUUCGUGUAUUGAAGUAUUUCUUGCCAUGGAGUAACACAAUUCGGAAAUAUGAGAACAACCGCGCAUCCAGAAUUGUCGAACCUGUUCCUUCUUCAUCAAAGGAAUAUCUGCAGCAAAUUCGAGGAAUGGAUGGCGAGAAAGGAGACAAUGUUAUUCGUAUAAGAAAGAACCGAACAGACUUGGUGGAUGGACAAUGGUAUGCAACUGUUCCUCCGUCUCCCACUGAACAGAAAUCGAGGCCUAGCGUAUCAGAUCCACCCAGGGUCAGCUACCUCAUAAUGAGAAACCUGCCCAUUCCAUUAGCUGCUAUUUUUUUCCAAUAUAUGCUUCUAUGGAAGAGGCUGAGUUCUCAUUAUUUCUCAUUCUAUGUGCUGAAGUGCCUUGUCAGCGGUGAAACCAUUAGGCCGAUUCCUCGGCUUCAAUAUCCAAUGUUGCCAGAAACGAGGCCACCUUUGAGGCAGUUAAUUGACAGACUUUGUGAUCAAGAAGAACCGACAAUAUAA